AUGGCACCGCCGGCGGACGGCAGCCUGUACGAUCAGGCCGUUAAGUUUCAUAAACAGCAGCAAUUUGAUACGGCAGUAGAGAGCUACCGUGCGCACCUGCGCGCCCGGCCCGACGAUGCACUUGCGCUGGCCGCGCUGGCCGCCGCCCUGGUGUGCUGGAAGGGCGCCAAAGCA